AUGUUGUCCGCCGUACGGCACAGCCAGUCUCCAGAACACGACGACAUGCCGAACUGGAUGCUGCACGACCUGCUCUCCUGCACCUCCGGAUGCGUGACACUCACUCUAGACGGCAAAUUCCCAGACUUGGACAUGGUAUUGGCCUUGAUUUUGAGCAAGGCCCAAACCGCGCAAAGCCAUUGCUAUCUGAAGCAUACCUGGGCGCUCGACAAGUACAUCCUCUCGUAUCUUGUCAUCUGGUGCACAGCCGCGGGAGAAAGUGGUGUGUAUCGAAUCGAACGUCUGCGGGAGCUCCAGCAGGUGUUGAUCUUGAUCAUGCGUAGCGCCAGGGAGGCAAGCCGACGGCUGCUGAGCCUGGGUCUUGCAUAG